CACUCCCUCCUUCCUUGGAUAGCUCACAUCUCCCUGCCGCUGGCUUGGGUUUGGAUAGACACCCGAUCUUCUUUCUCAUCCUGUGGCCCUGUGCCUCCCCCUCUCUGCUAUUCUCACCUUAAACUGGAAGGGGUGGGGAGAGAGGAGCAACCUCCCUGCCCCCUGUUACCCCUGGGUCCCUUCAGGAGCUCACCUCUGGAACAGAAAAUCAUCAUACCCUGAAGCAAGGAGAGAGCCCACUGGGCUUUUGAGGUUCCAAGAUGCAGAUUGAUGGACGCAAUGUUGGCAACUGGUCGAUCCCCAACAAUGUACUGGAAUUUCUGAUUAUUUGGAUUUAUCUGUAGAACACGGUGCACAAUCUUCUCUUCUGGAUUUUAACGUGUAGAAAUCUUUGGUAUUGGAUUAUAUUUCGCUUUUUAUAAUUUAUUUUUUUAUUAACUUAAAGGGAAAAUAGGUUUUAAUUUUUUUUUAUAAAAAUGACGACCUCAUCUAUAAGGAGACAGAUGAAAAACAUUGUGAAUAAUUAUUCAGAAGCAGAAAUUAAAGUCAGAGAAGCUACUUCCAAUGACCCUUGGGGCCCUUCGAGCUCGCUCAUGACAGAGAUAGCUGACCUAACCUACAAUGUGGUGGCGUUUUCUGAAAUUAUGAGUAUGAUAUGGAAGCGUCUGAAUGAUCAUGGUAAGAACUGGCGACAUGUUUACAAAGCUCUGACCCUGUUGGAUUAUCUUAUAAAAACUGGUUCAGAGAGGGUUUCUCACCAGUGCAAAGAGAACAUUUUUGCCAUACAGACAUUAAAAGACUUCCAGUAUAUUGAUCGGGAUGGGAAAGAUCAAGGUAUUAAUGUGAGGGAGAAGUCCAAGCAGUUGGUGAGCCUUCUAAAGGACGAUGAAAGAUUAAAAGGAGAAAGAAGCCAAGCCUUAAAGACCAAAGAGCGCAUGGCUCAGGUCGCCACGGGGGUCGGGAGUAACAAUCAAAUCUCAUUUGGUCGUGGAUCUAGUCAACCCAAUCUGUCCAUUAGUUACUCAGAGCAAGACUAUGGAAAAUCUGGAGGCUCCCCGGCAUCUUACCAUGGAUCUACUUCACCCCGUGUCUCCUCUGAACUAGAGCAAGCCCGUCCCCAGACAAGCGGAGAAGAAGAAUUACAGUUGCAGCUGGCUUUGGCUAUGAGUAGAGAGGUAGCUGAACAGGAAGAGCGUAUCCGGCGCGGGGAUGACUUGCGGUUACAAAUGGCUCUGGAGGAAAGCAGGAAGCAUACCAUCAAAGGACCCAAAAAGAAGGGGAAACAAGCCUCCUUGUUGGACUUAAUGGAUGCGCUCCCUGCAGGAGCCCCUGCAUCACAGAAGCCUGAACCCUGGGCAGCAGCGGUACCGCCCAGCAGUCAGUCAGAUCCGUGGGGAGCAGCCACUGCCUCUCCUGUAUCACAGGAUCCUUGGAAGUCUUUUGCAGAUACAAACACAGCUGCUCCUGUAGAUCUCUGGGGAUCAAACACAGGUUCAUCAACACAACCUCUUCCAAAAAAUGCAGACCCCUGGGCUCCUUCACAGGCUGUGGCAACAGAAAAUUCUACAUCAGAUCCCUGGAGACCUGGUCCAACAAUUAAAGCGAGUGUGUCAAACCCAGGGAGUUCAUCAUUUGACCCAUUCAGCAAUUUAAAUGGGGCACUGAAAGACGAUUUUUCUGAAUUCGACACCCUACGGACCUCCUCCAAAGUAUCAGCCGAUUCCAUUUCCACAAUGCCGUCUUUACGGAGUGGCACGGCCAGUCCUGACAUUGACUCACAGCCACCUACCACAACAGCGAGCAAAUCAACAGAUGUACGGAAAACUCCGGAGUCUUUCCUAGGACCCAACGCUGCCUUAGUAAACCUGGAAACUUUAGUCACACUGCCACCACAAGCGGCUCCUGUGUUAAAUCCGUUUUUGGCCACAGGAACCCCGCCAGUAGUAACAGGACCCCAAAUCAACCCCUUUCAACUUAACCAACCUCAGGCACUCACUCUAAACCAGUUGCGCUCCAGCCCUAUGAUGGGAGUCAGCCCGUCCUUCAAUACAGUUUCAUCAAUUGGUGUUGAAGCUGUGCCCUCUUUGCCACCACAGACCCUAGGAAUAUCAACACUACCAGCAAUAGCACCUACUAUGGGACUGGGUCUGAACAUGGGCAUGACAGCCACUUUGUCCCACCACAGCAAUGCCAUCCCACCCUCUACAGCUCAAGCCAUGAACACCACCAAUCCUUUUCUGCUAUGAAGGCCAGGAUGGACGGCUUGCUUGGAAAGCUUGAUAGCUGGGGUGCACUGAAUGCUCUAUAGCAAACUCUACAUGACACAAAUACUGUUCUUACCUGUCAUACUUAACUUCUUCUGAAGAGUUAAAAUAUGGAGGUACCUUCUGCAGGAAAGGCAUUGAGGCGUAUGGCCUAAAGCUGCUGUGUUGCUUAAGAUGGUAAUGUGCCAUGGUGUAAGCUGGCAAAUCCGAACUUUAUACUUCUCACCAAAGUCCACCAAGAUCAUCAUUUGUGUCUUCACAACGUCAAAGCAAAUCCUGGUGUCACAGAGGUUCAGAUCUUUCUAGACUGUUUAUAAUUCCUUUACUGCCUGAAAAUCUUUUUACAUUGGAUCUGAGAGAUCCCACAAGAGGAGUUAACGUGGGACGUUGCUUGUCUAAAUUCAGAAAGAAAUGCUGUGCAAAGAUGUCAACGCUCAUUUAGACCCUUUUUAGAUUGAGACAGAAAAUGUUAUAAAACCUUGUGGGACUGGUCUUACACCAGGAAUGCUUGUGUGCCUCGUAAAACUGUGUAAAUUAAAGAUCAACUGUAAAUUUUUAUUGAAGAGCACCAUCAUAUGUUCUAACUGUGAUAUAAAGUAUCCACUAUAGGUGUUGAGCAGUUCACCAUCUCAAUGUUUUUAAUGUUUUAUGAGUAAUUUUUCUACACCAAUCCUUAUCUUUUUUCCAUAUUAAAAUUCACACAAUUGAAUUGAUCAUGAAACAGAUUGCCCAUGAGACAUUCAAGACAUAGGGGCCAAUUUAUUAUACUCUAAAUGCUGCUAUAUGCAGUGGAAACAUAAGUUAAAAGUCUUAAAGGGACACUGAACCCAAAUUUUUUAUUUUGUGAUUCAGAUAGAGCAUGACAUUUUAAGCAACUUUCUAAUUUAUUCCUAUUAUCAAAUUUUCUUCAUUCUCUUGGUAGCUUUAUUUGAAAUGCAGGAAUGUAAGUUUAGAAGCCGGCUGAACAUCCUGGGUUGUUCUUGCUGAUUGGUGGAUACAUUCAUCCACCAAUAAAAAAAAGUGCUGUCCAGAGUACUAAACCAAAAAAAAAAAGCGCGUAGAUGCCUUCUUUUUCAAAUAAAGAUAGCAAGAUAACAAAGAAAAAAUGAUAACAGAAGUAAAUGAGAAAGUUGCUUAAAAUUGCAUGCUCUAUCUAAAUCUCAAAAGAAAAAAAUUGUGUUCAGUGUCCCUUUAAGACCGCUGCUCCUUAACUCGUCCACCUCUGAGGCGGUGGACAGCAAUCAGCCUGAUCACAUACGAUCGGGUUGAUUGACACCCCAUGCUAGCGAAUCUGCAGGCAAAAUUUAUCGAUGUCUAACGGACACGAUCGCUACAGCAGACACAUGAUAAAUCGCCCCCCUAGUCUUUCAUUUGCAUUCUACAUGCAUACAGUGUUGCUGAUAUCAUACAUCUUUGGGUUUUGAUUUUUGCAACUCAAGUAUGCAACCUUAGGUCCAAUUUUUUAUUAAUUUUAGUUGGUAUUAAUUAUUACAUUUGAGAGAAAUCUAAAAGCCUUUUCUUGACUGGGACCUCAGUUCUUUAUGGUAUGAAACAAGUAAAAUAAUUAAGUCUAACAUUUAAAAAAUACAUUAAAACAACACCAGAGGUACUUAAUAUAAUUUAGCUGUGAACAUUGAGAUGGUGAAAUUGGUCAUACAUUUUUAUAAAGAACAACGUAGGUACAAAUAGCAAGCCUUGAUUUUUAUAUCAGUCAGUAUAUUGACCUGAACAUCUCCAGCAUUCAGAUAGAUGCAUAGUAAUGAUAAUGCCUUACAAAUUAUAUGUUGGCCUGUGGUAGACUUUGGAUUUUUGUAGUGAGAGAUUCCUAUCUUCAGUGGUCGCCAAAUGUAUACGUGUUUAAAAUAUUCCUGCUAGUCAGUCAUCUUGUAGAAAUCAUCUAUACUUAGGCAGAGGUGCUACAUAGGCUGGCCCAGCUGGAUAUUACUGUUUAGGGAAUGUAACUGCCGAUAAUGAAGAUAGAAUAUUUUUUUUAACUGUUUUUCUACAGUGCAGAAACAUCUAGAAUGGAAUAGUCGAAACCAACAGUCCAUCCAAUAUAUUUAGUCACGCAAGCCAUAGUUCUACAACACCAACAUACAGCUCUGACCUGUAUUGUACAAAUUUACAUAUAGUAUGGUCGUGGUAGGGUGAUAACAUAGAAUUAACAUUCUAAGGAGAUAUUCUUGGUUCAUCAAGUCUUCCCCAUUAUUCUGUAUGUUUUAAAACCUCAAUUUGUAUAUGAUGAUUAUCCUAAUCUACUCCUGCAACUAACCUUACAGCAGAUUAAUAUUAAAAAAAAAAAUUCCACUCCAUACUCGUGCUGCAUGACAUCUGCACUUGUUUAAGGUACUCUGGGGAUGGAGGGAAUUCACGCUAAAAACUAAUCAGCAAAAGAAUGAUGAUUUUAUGCAAAAAAAGAUGUGGCCUUGUUAGUUAAAGAUAGAUCAUAGCUGUCUCUGGAUAAAAAUAUCUUUUUUUUUUUUAUAGUAUGGAAAUAUUCUCACCCCUAAGGACUCUUCCUACAUAUUAAAGGGAUAGGAUAGUCAAAAUUAAACUUGCAUGAUUCAGAAAGAGCAGGUCAUUUUAAGACACUUUUAAAUUCACUUCUGUUUUCAAAUGUGCUUCAUUUUUUUGGUAACGCUUGUUGCAAAAGAAUAUACAGAAAUCCUACACUAUAGUGGAAGCUAGCUGCUGAUUGGUGCCUGCUCACAUUUGUCUCUUGUGAUUGGCUAUCUCAAUGUGUUCAUCUAGCGACCAGUAGUGCAAGGCUGUUCUUUCAGUAAAGGAUAACAAGAGAAUGAAGCAAAUUUGCUAAUAGAAGUAAAUUGGAAAGUUGUUUAAAAUUGUAUGUUCUAUCCAAAUCAUGAAAGAAAAUGUUGGGGUUUCCUGUCCCUUUAAUGACACAUUAAACUCAAAAAAAUAAUUUCCUGUGAUAUAUUAAUGAAAAUAAAACAUUAUUCUAAACAUUUAUAAUUUAAUUUUGUUUGCUUUUGCAUUAAAAGUUGCGGCUUAUUGUCUGAAAUGAGCUUCAUAUACUGCACAAACUAUUUUACAGAUUGUCAUAAUUGGAAAUAAUCAAUGCAUAUCAGACGUAGCUGGUUCAGGCUAUUCGCAGCAUACUUAUGUAAUAGAAUUAGCUUUUUGGCCUUUGUAUGGGCUGUGGGACGAGCACACUUUUAUAGUAAAAGCAAGCAAAACAAAUAAUUAGUGUGUUGCAAUUUGUUUCAUUUUCAUUCAUUACUAAUUUUAAGGGAAUAUUACAUUUUUAGGUUAACAUCCCUUUAAUUGGUUACUAAAGUCCAAAUGAUUCAGAUAGAGCAUGCAAUUAAAUACAAUCUUUCCAAUAUAUGUUGUUAUAACAGGCAUAUUCUUUUUAUAUGCUACUACUGAGCAUGUGCAAAAGUUCACAGUACUGUAUAUACAUUUAUGGAUUUUGUGAUUGGCUGAUGACUGUCACAUUAUACAGGAGGAGGAAAAAUUAGACUAACUUUGAAAUUUCCCAGAAAAAUAUUCUACUGCUUAUUUCAAAUUAAAAGUAAGUGCUAUUGCAUUGUA